AUUUUCAUGCUUCAUGUUUCAGCAUGAGGCUUCCCCAUUCGUUUACAGAAAGCAAUAUUAUUAGUACUAGCCAAACUGAACCAAAUUUUCUGAACCUCCAAAUGAAAUCAACAAAGGUGUCUCUAGAGUCUAGACCACGUCAACGCCUGGUUUUUUAGAUGAGUGGUUCAAAGCACUUUACACAAAUGACAAAACAGUUUGAUGGCUGCUUUAUAUUGACUAUUUCUAAAUAGUAAUAACUCUGAAUGAUGAUUGAUGAAUGUUGUCCAUACAAACCUGAAAUGUAGUCUGCAAUGGUGAGAAGCUCUAUGCUUCUACUCUUCAUCAUCGUCGUCUGUACUUUUCUCCCCAUCUUUAUCCUUUCGACAAGCGACACCUCGUACGACGAUUGCUUCCCUUUCAAGUGCGGUAACAUCAAUUUCUCCUUCCCCUUCUACUCCCGUCUCAACUCCAUUUGUGGUCUUCCUGGCUUCGAGAUCAGCUGUGAAAACUCUUCUUCGGAUCCCAAGCUUUUACUCUCCGGCCGACUCUACCAUGUCAAAAACUUGGAAAUGACACUAUCCAAUCCCAUUUCUGAUUCCAGCCUUAUGAACACUUUGAUCACAGUCGUUGACCCCCAACUCAUCAAAGAUCUCACUGCUGGCUCAUGUGAAUCUUUCUACAAUCUCUCUAUAGCUAAUACUUCAACAGGUUCUCUUAAUCUUCCUCCAGGGAGUGCUAACUUGACGCUUUUUAAGUGUCCGAAGAAGCUAUCUCUUUCUAAAGAGUUCACUGAUAAGGUUGUCAAUAACGUUAGUUGUAACGAUGGUGAUCAGCUUUAUGUAUGGAGAAAUAGAACCCAAUUCGAUCCACCUUUAUUCAAUUCUGUAGUGUUGGCGCCAAGUGGGUGUCUUGCGGUAUUCCUGCCUGUUUCCGGCUUCGGCUAUCUCCUUCUGAACGCCAGCGAUGCUGAUCAGAGGACCAAGCUGAUUCAGGUGUUGGAUGCUGGGUUUUUAUUGGGAUGGAAAUGGAGUAAUAUAGAGGCUCAGGAAGCCUGUGAGGAAUGUCAUAAACGUCGCGGACGGUGUGGCUAUGACGGAAGCUUGAAGAAAGUCGUCUGCUUUUGCAAGGGCGGCUGUGAAAAGGGCAAACGGAAAAAGCAACUGUUCAUCACAGGUGGGGCAAUAAUUGGAAGCUGUUCAAUUCUGCUCAUUGUAGUACUGUUGGCUUUUAGAAAAAGAAUUCCAUCAUUGUUCAGGAAAUUCAAUUCUGGAAAGAACCAACCAAAACCUGGAGAUGGACUAAAUGUCAAGCAAUUCAUUAAAACCUAUCAAUCAUCUUUGCUGGCAAAUCACUCGUACAACGAUGUAAAGAAGAUGACUAAUGGCUUCAAAGAGAAACUAGGAGCAGGAGGCUAUGGUAAUGUCUACAAGGGAAAGUUCCCAGAUGGUCGUUUCGUUGCUGUCAAAAUGAUUGACAAAUCUAAUGACACUGGCCGCAACUUCAUUAAUGAAGUUGCCACCAUCGGUAGAAUCCACCAUGUUAAUAUCAUCAAUUUACUAGGUUUCUGCUGUGACGGUUCCACGAGAGCUCUUAUUUAUGAGUACAUGCCCAAUGGAUCGUUGGGAGACUUGUUAUCUCAAGAAGAAGCUAAUCUUUCAGUAGGGUUGGUAAAGCUCUUUGAAAUUGCAUUGGCAGUUGCUUAUGCAAUUGAGUAUCUGCACAACGGUUGCGAAUCUCGAAUCCUGCAUCUUGACAUAAAGCCGCAAAAUGUUCUACUAGACCAGGAUUUCAAUCCCAAGAUUUCGGAUUUCGGAUUGGCAAAAGUUCAUUCGCGAAACAGAAGUGUUGUCACGAUGACAGUUAUGGAAUGUUACUAUUAGAGAUGGUUGGUGGAAGAAAACAUCUCGAGCCGACAACAAAUACUUCCAGUUCUGAAUCAUACUUUCCUGACAGGAUUUAUAACAAUCUCCUUGAGGAUUAUAAUAACCUGAAGCAUGAUUCAGAAAUUUCCCUGGUAGAAGAA